AUGCACAAAUUCCAUUUGGAGGAAUGCACUCCCACACAGAUUUACAACGUGUCUGACUUGCUAUUUAAAUUAGUCGAUAUGACGGAAGGUGAAUUAUACGCCGAUCUCGAAAACAUUUAUUCAGAAAUGGAACAAAGUCGUAUAAACGGUGAAGAAAUUCCAUCUGAUUGUGAAUCAUUAGCCAAUAACAGAGACGACCAAGAAAGUGAUACAGAAACUACUAUUAGAAGCAACGUGUUGAUAUGUUUAUGUAGUGACUCAGAAGAUGAUCUACCUUCCUCACCAGUUGGAAGAAAAUCUCCAGUUUGGUCUAAUGUGGAAACUCCAGACUUUACUGCACAUUCUGGUCUAGCAGAUUGUGUAACGAAUAUGACAGAUCCCACACCGUAUAAAUUGUUUCAAUUAUUUUUUUCUGGCUGUUUGAUAGAAAGUAUUGUUUUUGAAACGAACCUGUAUGCUCAACAAAAGCUUAGCAAGCAUAAACCAAGGACCAUUGGUCUAGUGCGCCAGAUCUUCAUGUCAGUAAAGCGAUUUAGUUGGUUGCUUGGCAAUAUUCACUUGAAUGACAAUUCAUUGAUGACAAAAAAAGGUGAAGUAAAUUACGACAAACUGUACAAAGUAAGGCCAUUGUUGAAGAGUAUGUCAGAGGCAUUUGGAAAAUGUAUGCUGCCAAGUCGUGAAGUUGCCAUAGAUGAAUCAUUGAUAAAAUUCAAAGGGAGAAGCUCACUCAAACAAUAUAUGCCAAAAAAAUCUACUAAAAGGGGAUACAAAGUGUGGAUGCUCGCAGAUAAAAAUGGGUACUGUCUAAAAUUUGAUAUUUAUACAGGAAAGCCUAGUGGUGAUGUCGAGAAGAACUUAGGCUCGAGAAUUCUGAAACAGCUAUGUGAGGGUCUUGAAAAUAAAAAUUACUUGGUCUAUAUUGACAAUUUUUUCAACGAAGUCGAGCUAAUGGAAGAUCCAAAAAACAUGCACAUACAUGCCCGUGGUACUGUUAAUUCUUCUAGGCGGAAUAUUCCGAAGUUCAAAUCAGAUAAGAACAUGAAAAGAGGUGAUAUCGAGUGGUUUACAAGCAAUAGUGAUUUGUCUGGACAAGCGUUCCGUUUUCUCCUGUCUAACUUCCAUGACCCACAUGAUAUUCUUGAAGUGAACCGAAAAGUGAAGAAUGGACCAAUUACCAAAGUACCUUGUCCAAAAGCCCUUUCUGAUUACAAUGCCAAUAUGAAUUUGGUCGACAAGUUUGACCAAAAUCUGACUUCCUACAAAAUAGAUCGGAAAAGCGAUAAAUGGUGGCAUCAGUAUUUUUUUUCCUGGAUGCUGCUGUUGUUAGUACAUUUGUAUUAUAUAAGGGGUUACAGCUACCCAAACUUUCUAUGA